AUGUCAACCGAUGAAGGUUUACCACCAGAGCCUGUAAUGGAGAUUCCACCUCCACAGGAGAUUAGAGUUCUUGAGACAGCAGAUGAUAUUCAGCAUCGCCGUCAAGAAGUCUUGGGGCACUAUACACAGUUCAAAGACUUUGCCAAAUCUAAAAGAGAUAAGCUCGAAGAAGCUCGACAGUUCCAAUACUUCAAGAGAGAUGCCGACGAACUUGAAGUUUGGAUUAUUGAAAAGCUUCAGACAGCUCAGGAAGAAUCAUAUAAAGAUACCACCAACUUGCAGGCAAAGAUACAAAAACAUGAAGCGUUUGAAGCAGAAGUUCAAGCUCAUUCCAAAGCCAUCACUGUUCUCGAAAGAACUGGACAUCAAAUGAUUCAGCAUGGUCAUUAUGCCAGCGAUAUUAUUAAGAGCCGACUUGAAGAGCUCCGGGCUUUAUGGGAUAAACUUUUCUUCAAACUGCGCGAUAAGGGCGUAAAAUUACAACAAGCUCUUAAGCUUUUGCAAUACAUUAGACAGUGCGAUGAAGUUUUGUACUGGAUUCGCGACAAGGAAACCUAUGUUACUGCCGACGACAUGGGAAUGGACUUGGAGCAUGUUGAAGUAUUACAAAGAAAGUUCGAAGAUUUCCUGAAAGAACUUGGAAACCAUCAGUACAGAAUUAAUGAAAUCAACCAUGGUGCCGACAAAUUGGUUGAAGAAGGACAUACUGAACACGAACAAAUUUACAAGAAACGUGAUGAAGUUAACGAGGCUUGGCAUCGUUUGAAUACAUUAGCAGCCACGAGAAAGGAAGGUCUGUUCGGAGCACACCAAGUUCAACGAUUUAAUCGUGAUGGAGAUGAAACAUUAGCAUGGAUUGCUGAAAAGGAUGCUGCUCUUUCCAGCGGUGACUAUGGUCGCGAUCUUAAUAACGUUCAGGCUUUACAAAGAAAGCACGAGGGAACCGAAAGAGACCUCGCUGCUCUUGAAGGAAAAAUGCAACAAUUGGAGAAGGAGGCCGUUCGUUUGGCUGAAACUCAUCCUGACAGAUCGGAUGCAAUUGCUGCCAAGAUGUCCGAAGCCAAGAACCAAUGGGAUGCCUUGAAGAGAAAGGCCCAGGCUAGAAAGGAAGCCUUGGACCGUAGUUAUCAACUGCAUAGAUUCCUUGCUGACUACCGUGACUUAUGUAGCUGGAUGAGUGACAUGAAGGCUGUCAUUUCCGCCGAUGAACUAGCUAAGGAUGUUGCUGGUGCUGAAGCUCUUUUGGAGAUUCAUCAAGAGCAUAAGGGAGAAAUUGAUGCCCGUGAAGACAGUUUCAAUCAAACCGCUGCCUCUGGACAACAAUUACUCGAUAUUGGAGUACCUGAGAGCGACGAUGUCAGACAAAAGCUCGAGCAUCUUGCUCAAGAAAAAGCCAGUCUUCUGGCUUUGUGGGAAGAACGCAGAAUUCUCUAUGAGCAAUGUAUGGAUCUUCAACUCUUCUACAGAGACACCGAGCAAGCUGAGACAUGGAUGAACAAACAGGAAGCAUUCUUGAACAAUGACGACCUCGGAGACUCAAUGGACGCUGUUGAGUCUCUCAUCAAGAAGCACGAAGAUUUCGAAAAAUCUUUAGCUGCUCAGGAGGAGAAGAUUAAUGCUCUCGAUGAGUUUGCUACCAAACUGAUCCAGGGUCAACAUUAUGCUGCUGAAGAUGUUGGACGACGUCGCCAAGCUCUUCUUGAUAGAAGACGCCGUCUCCUUGAUAAGGCUUCUGAGCGAGCUGCUAACCUUCAAGACAGUUACAAACGACAGACUUUCGAUCGUGACUGUGAUGAGAUGGUCAGCUGGAUCACUGAGAAACUCAAAACUGCCACUGACGAUUCUUAUUUGGAUCCUACAAACAUCCGUGGAAAACUCCAGAAGCAUAACAACUUUGAACAAGAGCUUCGUGCCAACAGAAAUCGUCUUGAUGACAUAAAUGCUACAGGAGAGCAAAUAAUCCAAGGAGGCCAUAUUGCUGCUGACCACGUCCGUUCUCGUCUGAAUGAGGUCGACAGUUUGUGGAACGAACUAGUUGAUGCUGCUAACAAGAAGGGAGCUAAGCUUCGUGAAGCUGGCGAUGAACAACAGUUCAAUAGGAAUAUUGAGGAUGUUGAGUUAUGGUUGAGCGAACUUGAAGGCCAGGUUGCAUCUGAAGAUUACGGAAAAGAUCUCGUGUCUGUUCAAAACCUCCAAAAGAAGAUUUCUCUUCUGGAGAGUGAUUACCUUGCUCACAAUGAUCGCAUUGACGGCAUCAAGAAUUUGGCCAACAAAUUCCAAGAUGAAGACCAUUUCAACGCUCCAGUUAUUGUUCGCAAGCAAGAGGCUUUGAAUAGUCGAUUCAGCAAUUUACGUACACCUCUCGAGAAAAGAAAGCAGAAACUUGGAGAAAGUCUUCAAGGAAACCAACUCUUCCGUGAUAUUGAAGAUGAACUUGCCUGGAUUCGUGAGAAAGAACAGAUUGCUGCUUCUACUAACCGAGGACGUGAUUUGAUCGGAGUUCAAAACCUGAUCAAGAAACAACAAGCUCUGAUUGCUGAAAUUGCCAACCAUGAAAGCCAAAUUGACUCUGUCACAAAGGCUGCUGAGGAUAUGAUCCAACAGGGUCACUUCCUUGCUCCUGAGAUCCGUGAUAAAUUGGCUCAAUUGCGCGAUAACUGGAGGAUUCUCAAGACCAAGGCUGAAAAGAGACGCGCGGAAUUAGACGACUCAUUGCAGGCUCAUCAAUACUUGGCUGAUGGUAACGAGGCUGAAGCCUGGAUGGCCGAGAAAGAGCCAAUUCUUGGAUCUUUGGAUUAUGGAAAAGAUGAAGAUUCUGCUGAGGCUCUUCUUAAGAAGCAUAGAGCUAUGCUGUCCGACUUGGAAGCUUUCCGUGGAACUAUCGAUGAUCUUCGCAAGCAAGCUGCUCAAUGCAAGUACCAAGAACAGCCUGUGGGCCAACUUGGACGUGACUGUGUUCUCGCUCUUUAUGAUUACCUGGAGAAAUCUCCACGUGAGGUUUCCAUGAAGAAGGGAGAUGUUCUUACUCUUCUGAAUGCUUCUAACAAGGAUUGGUGGAAGGUAGAGGUCAAUGAUCGCCAAGGAUUCGUUCCAGCUGCCUACGUUAAACGUAUUGAACCUGGUACGGCUCAACAGCACAGCCAUCAACAGGUUAAUUCCAUCGGUGGCAAACAGAAUGAAAUCGAAGAUAAAUAUCAACGUCUUAUCAUGCUCGGAGAGGCUCGCAAGAGAAAGCUCGAGGAAGCUUGCAAGGGAUACCAAUUGCUCCGUGAAGCUAAUGAUUUGGCUGAAUGGAUCAAGAGCCGAGAAGCUGUCGCUGCUCAACAAGAAAUUGGAACCGAUCUUGAGCAAGUGGAGGUCCUCCAGAAGAAGUUCGAUGACUUCAAGGGUGACCUUAAGGCCAAUGAAGUCCGUCUCCAAGAGAUGAACCAAAUUGCUACUGCUUUGACUUCUGUUGGACAAACCGAAACUGCUGUGCGUAUUCGUCAACAAAUCGAAGACCUCAACGCAAGAUGGCGUGCCCUCGAAGAGCAAACCGAACAAAGAGAACAACAGCUCGGCUCUGCUCAUGAAGUUCAACGCUUCCACCGUGAUGUUGAUGAAACUCGCGAUUGGAUUCAAGAAAAAGAUGAUGCUCUUGAUUCUGAUGACUAUGGACGUGAUCUCCGAUCAGUUCAAGCUCUCCAAAGAAAGCAUGAGGGAGUUGAACGUGAUUUGGCUGCUCUCGGCGACAAGAUCAAGUCGUUGGACGAGAAGGCUAGCAAGUUGAGACUGAGUCACCCAGAAGCUGCUGAGCAAAUCUAUGAUCUUCAACGUGAACUUAAUGAUCAAUGGAACAGACUCACAGCCAAGGCUAACAACAGGAAGGAGAAACUGUUGGAUUCAUAUGAUUAUCAACGCUUCCUUUCCGAUUACCGCGAUCUUCAGCAAUGGAUUGCUGCUAUGAGUCAGCUCGUCAGCAGCCAGGAGCUUGCCAAUGAUGUGACUGGUGCUGAAGCUUUGUUAGAACGUCACCAAGAGUACAGAACUGAAAUUGACUCUCGAUCUGCUACUUUCCACGCUUUCGAACAAUUCGGAAAUCAGCUCUUGAACAACAAGCAUUAUGCCAGCGAAGAUAUUGCAAAACGUUUGGCUGGAGUGAACUCAGCUCGUAAGGGAUUAGAAGAUGCCUGGGUUGCUAGACGCACUGUGCUUGAUGAAUGCCUCGAGCUUCAACUCUUCUACAGAGAUUGCGAACAAGCUGAUACCUGGAUGUCAGCUCGUGAAGCUUUCCUUGCACAAGAAGACCCAACUGGAGAUAACGUUGAAUCACUCAUUAAGAAACACGAAGAUUUCGACAAGGCUAUCAACAGUCAGCAAGAGAAGAUCGGAGCUUUACAACAGUUCGCUAAUCAACUCAUCAACAGCAACCAUUACGACAAGAGUGCUGUGGCUAACAAGAUCAACCAGAUUUUGGAUAGAUGGGAGCGCCUGAAGUCAGCCCUUAUUGAAAAGAGAAGCAAGUUGGGAGAAAGUCAAACUCUCCAACAAUUCAGUCGUGAUGCAGAUGAGAUCGAAAACUGGAUCGCAGAGAAAUUCCAGAUUGCUCAAGAAGAGAACUAUCGCGACCCCACGAACAUCCAGCAAAAGCACCAGAAGCAACAAGCUUUCCAAGCCGAACUUCAGGCUAAUGCUGAUCGUAUUGCUACCAUCAUAACCGCUGGACAAAACUUGAUCGACAGUGCUAAGUGUGCUGGAGGUGAAGAAGCAGUUAGUGCUCGUCUGAAAGCUCUCAACGAUCAAUGGGAACUCCUCGUCAAAACCACCAACGAGAAGAGUUACAGACUCAAGGAAGCUAAUAAGCAGAAGAGCUUCAUGGCUGCCGUUAAAGAUUUGGAGUUCUGGUUGGGCGAAGUUGAAAUCCUCCUCCAAUCUGAAGACUUCGGAAAGGAUCUGGCUUCUAUUGAAAACCUUCUGAAGAAGCAUCAACUUCUCGAAGCUGAUAUUUCUGCUCAUCAAGACCGUGUCAGCGAAAUGAACAACCAAGCUGACUCUCUUCUUGAGAAUGAUCAAUUUGCUGGACUCCAAAUUGCUGAAAGAAGAAAGGCUAUCAUGGACCGUUACGAUCGUGUCAAGGAAUCUGCCAAAGAUCGUCGUGACAAACUUCAUAAAGCUCUCAACGUUCAUCAAUUCUUCCGUGAUAUUGAUGACGAAGAAUCCUGGAUUAAGGAGAAGAAGCUACUCGUAUCAUCUGAUGAUUAUGGACGUGAUCUUCCCGGAGUUCAAAACCUCCGUCGCAAACAUCGUCGUCUUGACACUGAGUUGGCUAGCCACGAACCUCAAGUCACUUUAGUCCGUCAGAAGGGAGAAGAACUGAUUAGAUCCGCUGAAGCUGCUGGUAUUGGAAAAGAUGAAAUCGAAAGAAGAAUGACUGAACUCGAAAAGAGCUGGGGACAGAUUCGUGAUCUUACUGGAAAUCGUCACCAGAAAUUGAACGAAUCUGAGGACUUCCAAGAGUUCUUAGGAAAGGUCGAAGAAGAAGAGGCUUGGAUGAAUGAGAAACAACAAAUUCUCGGAUCUGACAACUUCGGUGAUAACAUGGCUGCUGUUCAAGGCCUCCUGAAGAAGCACGAUACUUUCGAAGUAGAUCUUCAGCUCCAUCAACAACGUGUCGCUGAUCUUAUCGGUCAUGGACAGAAGUUGAUCGAAUCCGGAAAUCAUCAUGCUCCUCAUAUUAAGGCUAGAUGCGAACAGCUCGUCAGCCGUCUUCGUGACAUUGAAUCCAUGGCCGAUCGCCGCCUUAGCAAGCUUAAAGACAGCUCUGCUUACCUCCAAUUCAUGUGGAAGUGCGAUGUUGUUGAAAGCUGGAUCGCAGAGAAGGAACAACAAGUUCGAUCUGAUGAUUUUGGACGCGAUUUGUCAUCUGUCCAAAUACUUCUUAACAAGCAAGAAGCUUUCGAUGCUGGAUUAAAUGCUUUUGAGCAUGAAGGAAUCCAAAGAAUAACUGAAUUGAAAGACCAACUUGUCAAUAGUCAACAUCUCCAGGCUCCAGCCAUUCAGAAGCGUCAUUCUAAUGUUAUCACUAGAUGGCAGAAUCUGUUGGCCAACUCUGAAGGCCGAAGACAGAAAUUGCUUAAGAUGCAAGAACAAUACAAACAAAUCGAGGAAUUAUAUUUGGCUUUCGCCAAGAAGGCUUCCACUUUCAACUCCUGGUUUGAGAACGCUGAGGAAGAUUUGACAGAUCCUGUCAGAUGUAACUCCCUUGAAGAAAUCCGCGCUCUCCGUGAAGCUCAUGCUGAAUUCCAACGUUCUCUUUCUUCGGCAGAAGAGGACUUCCGACAGCUUCAAGCUCUCGAUCGCCAGAUCAAGUCUUUCAAUGUGGGACCAAACCCCUACACCUGGUUUACAAUGGACGCCCUCGAAGAUACUUGGAGAAAUCUUCAGAAGAUUAUCAAGGAACGGGAAAUCGAAUUGCAGAAGGAAAAUGGCCGUCAAGAAGACAACGAUCGCUUACGAAGAGAAUUCGCCAAGCUGGCCAAUCAUUUCCAUCAAUGGCUUACCACUACCCGUCAAGAUAUGAUGGAAGCGAGUGGAUCCUUAGAAGAACAAUUAGAAGUAUUGAAGCGACGAGCACAAGACAUUAGGCAUAACAAGACUCAAUUGAGAAGAAUCGAUGAACAAGGAGCUAUGCUCGAAAGAAAUCUCAUUCUUGAUAAUAGGUACACAGAGCAUUCAACCGUUGGAUUAGCACAAGCUUGGGAUCAACUCGAUCAGUUAGCUAUGCGAAUGCAACACAACUUGGAACAACAGAUACAAGCCCGUAAUCAAUCUGGUGUUACCGAAGAAGCCCUCAGAGAAUUCUCCAUGAUGUUCAAACACUUUGAUAAGGCAUCCUCGCUUGCAAUGGUUGUAGGGUUCUUCAAACGUUCAGUUCGACGACGGUUGAUAUGUAGGUGUCAAGCUCUCUUGUGUAGUCGACAAAGCGUAUAG